AUGUUCGUUUCUGUGUCUAUCAUCUAUUUCAUUGUCCUCCUGACCUUCGCAGAUAUUGUUGAUGGACGAUCACUGACAGUUCCUACUGAGACUGAUCGUGUAUUCAUAAAAAAUCGCAAUCUCUUCCGAGGAGACAUCCUUCUUCAUCCGCAGGCGACAAAUCGAGCUCUUGCGACAACUCGGAUAGGCGCGCCAUGGCCAAAUGGAAUUAUUCCAUACACUUGGAAAAGCGAAACCUGUGAUUCUGAAGGACAGAAUUGUAUUCGAACAGAUAUUCCUUCACAUGACUCUUCGGAACAGGCGACCAUUCUGUUGGCGAUGCGAAGGAUGGAAGAAACAACUGCUAUCGAUGGUAAACCGUGUAUUCAAUUUCGACCGAAAUUACCAUCGGAUAAUGCAUACAUUUCGAUUUUCGAUGGACAGGGAUGUUGGGCUCAUCUUGGUCAUCGUUUUAGAACUGAAACUCUUGUAUCUCUGGGUGGUGGUUGUGUCUACCAGGGCCCUAUCACGCAUGAGCUGAUGCAUACGCUAGACUUUCUACAUGAACACCAGAGACCAGAUCGAGAUCAAUAUAUUCAGAUUAAUUGGGAAAAUGUAGCCGAAAACUCGGAGGACAGCUUUGCACUCCAUACUGAUAUUAAAAACGGAGAGAAAACAAUAGAAACAAAGCCACCAGGAAAAUCUUUCGGUCAAUAUUACAAUCUUAGUAACAUUGAUAUUUUGUCGAUCCGCAAUCUCUACCAAUGUUUCAACAAAGAUAUCUCUGACAUUGUUUCUGGUGCCAGUUACAAAUUAAUGAAUAUUAAUAGCAAUAAGGUUCUCGAUGUCUAUCGUUUCGAUGGGCACGAUGGCGCGAAUGUUCAGAUUUUUACUGACAAUGGUGGGCAAAAUCAAUGCUGGAUCACUCAAAAAAAUCAAGAUGGUACUAUCAAACUGAUUGAUUCAAAUACUGGUAUGGCGUUGGAUGUGCAUGGAGGUAAUACUUCAGAUGGUGCAAAGGUUCAAGUCUGGUCAGAGAAUGAAACAAAUGCACAAAAAUGGCGUCCAAUAAAAGUUGACAAUGAAUACUAUAAACUGAUUAAUGUAGCAUCUAAUAAGGCUCUAAAUGUUCAUGGUGACGGAACAAGUGAUGAAACAGAUGUUGAUAGUUGGUCGGAUAAUGGUACACCAGCACAACAGUGGCGAUUUGUUCGAUGCAACCUAGAUGGUACACUUCAUAUUGUUUCUGGUGGCAAGUACAAAUUAGUAAACAUUAACAGUAACAAGGCUCUCGAUGUCAAUGGAUUCCAGACGGCCAAUGGCGCUAAUGUUGAGAUUUAUUCUGACAAUGGUGGACAAAAUCAAUGUUGGAUCAUCUAUAAAAAUCAGGAUGAUACUGUCAAAUUGAUUGAUUCAAACAGUGGCAAAGCAUUGCAUGUCAAUGAAGAUGAUAUUUCAGAUGGUGCCAAUACUCACAUCUGGUCAAACAAUGAAUCAAAUGCACAAAAAUGGCGUCCAAUAAAAGUUGACAAUAAAUAUUAUAAAUUGAUUAAUGUAGCAUCUAAUAAGGCUCUAAAUGUUCAUGGUGGAGGAACAAAUGAUGGGACAAAUGUUAAUAUUUGGUCUGAAAACGAUACACCUACUCAACAUUGGCGACUGAUGGAAUGUGGUCGUCAGUAG